CAAGUUUGACUAACUCAAUAACAUCGUCUUUCGUAAUAAUUUGGAAAUAGUGAAGAAAAAUCAUCAAAAUAUGUUUGUUGCAAGCGAAAAGUAGUGUUCUAUGGCUUGUGAUGUUUCAUGAUGAGUGACUUCUGCAAUAAAUUUACAUAAUAUCAGUAACAUGUGAGGUUUUAAAUAAAAAUUUCUAAAAGCACGUCGAGACAUGGGUUCCAGAUUGAGAGACACUGUACGAUACUUGUUUGAAUUAUUUUGUGAAGUGGCACCUGGAGAUCAUACCAAGGACCCAUAUUUGAUAAGAAAAUAUCCAGAGCUGUACAAAAAUGAAGAGGAGUUGAAAAAUGUGCCCAAAUUCACAUUUCCUUGCCAAUUAGAGAACACCUUUGUUCAACACUACUCUUUUGUGUUAACAUCAGUAGAUUCCAAAUACACAUUUGGUUUUUGUCGAUACGAUCCAAAGGCAAACACGUCUCUGGUGUUGCUCUCACAUUUGCCAUGGCACGAUCAAUUUUACAAACUCCUAAAUUGUAUAGCGAAUCUAGUGAACAGUGCCGAAAGAGAGCAGCUCACGUCUCUGCUGGAAGCAUGUCGUAUCAGACCACCUAUGCCUGGUCACACUCUAAAAGUCACAUACAAUGCAGGCCAAAGCGUAUUCUCUUGCCAGUGUCCUGACAGUAAACUUCCUAGUAUUCCUGAAAAUUGUAAUCUGACAGAAUACUUCAGUGCAAUGGACACGAAAUGUAUGGCAGGACUUUGGGCUGCGUUGCUCCAUGAACGACGGGUGGCCGUAGUGGCAUCAAAACCUUCCCGGUUGUCUGCUUGCGUACAGGCUGCAAAUGCUACUCUCUUCCCUAUGUCAUGGCAACACAUAUUCAUACCGAUACUACCAAAGCACCUUGUAGACUAUCUUCUCGCACCUAUGCCAUUUCUUAUUGGAGUUCCUAGAACGGUGAUGGAGACUGUAAGAAUGUCAGAAAUUGGGGAUGUUGUUAUAUUAGAUGUAGAUGAAAAUGAACUUAAAUCACCUUUUAAUGAUCUAGACAGUCUUCCUCCUGAUUUGGUGGCGAGUUUGAAAAAAGCUUUAAGUGAUAAAAAUGCACUAGGCGACGCAGUAUCGAGGGCGUUUCUACGUGCACUAGUAUGUUUAAUAGGUGGUUAUCGUGAUGCUAUUAGAUCAAGAAUGACGUUGACGUUGUUAAGGUCUUCCGUGAAAACUUCUCACAAAGCUAUGAUAAAGCGCUUCUCUGAAGGCAACAUGGCAAGAAUCGAAAAAGGUCAGACGAUCACCUUCAACCCAGAGGCUUUUGUUAGGACUAGAAAAAAUAUGCAACCAUUCCUUAGGAAAAUAUUACAAUCACAAAUAUUCCAACAGUUUAUUGACGAAAGACUGGAUUUGCUCAAUUCGGGCAGAGGUUUCAACGACGAGUUCGAAGUGGAGUGCAAUUAUUACGCGGAUAGACUCGGUACAGGUAGUGGCCAAAGACUGAAACAGCAAUACAGAGAAUGGGCCAAGACUGUCAAGAAAGAAGGCGGCGCGUUCUUCAAAACGGUUAAAGAUAAGGCGAACCCCGCAGUUCAAUCAGCUGUUAAAACGGUUCGACAAGGUGGCAGAAAUAUGAAGUCUGCGGUAAAAGGGUUGAAGAAUAAACUACCAAAGACAGGCUCACGGCCGUCGUCAAUAAACACAACUGACGACAGCAGAUUUUCUUGCGGCUCGGUAACCCCGGUAUCAUCAGAUUCGUCGGAGUCGGCGCCAACACAUGAAGAUAUGCAGCGUGACCAUCCUACUGCGCUACCGCUGGACCUUCUCACAGAAAUGGAAUUCCUGUUUAAAAAUGAACGCCGCCGAGACAGUCUCCCCGACAAUGCUCCAGGGUCAGAAAUCAGUCUUCCAGAAAAAGCUAAAACACUGUCACCAUGCCUCCCACCCCGGUUACCGGAACGUCCUAAACUCCCACUCCGCUAUCCAAUUAUAUCCACGAAGAAAUUAGUUGACAUAUCGGACGCGCCUGUACCGCCGCCGCGCGCCACGCCGGCGCCCGUCAACAGAAUGCACUUUGUCAGUAACAUUACUAAAAACGAGAGCAACGCCGCGGCGGAUUUCCAUACGAGCACAAUAAGCUUUUCGGAAGGGAAAGAUAAAGCUAAGUUGAAACUGACUACGUCGACGAACCAGAGAAAGUUGCCGCAAACCAGCACUCCUGCUCCUUGUAACGGCAGCACGCCAACAAUGUCGUCGCCCGUAGUAGUCAAUAGGCGCAACCAGGACCACAGUAGGUUGGUCAGGGCCGUGCCCUGGCCGCCCGCCCCCCUCCACCUCAACCCAUUCAGGGGUAAACAACAAGAGUCACGUGACGCGGACUCUGAUCUCAUAAAGUUGGACGAUUCACCGACAAACCUUGAGGAUUUCGAUCCGCUCAAGCGCCGAGAUAAAAGUGAGAAAACCGACCCGAUCAAGUCUACUGCAGAUAGUGCGCUCUUGCAUGAAUACGGACUCGAUUUUAGUCAAUUUGGUUUGUUUGAUUACACCCCGAGUUCAAGUGCGCGACCCGACGCCAGUGUACCUAAAGGGUGGACCACCUUUAAUUAGUACAUAUUGUAAUUAUAAUUAUCGUCUGUAUUCAAAUAUAAGUAUAUUUUAUCUGUAUAGCUCGCGUACAAUUCGUUAAUAACUUAUGUAUAAUACUGCUUUCUGAUUAAGCAUAGUGUAAAUUUAUUUAUUUAUUAAAUUAAAGUUAUUGGCUUUUGUUGUAUAAUUGUGCUGUUUAUAAACGUACCUAAUGAAAUUAUUGUACAUAGU